UGCAGUCUGUUUCAGUCAGCAGGUCCGCCGCAGCGCCUUUUCUCCGCCACUUUCAGCACCAACUAUCAUCCAUCAUGAGGGAAAUCGUGCACAUCCAGGCCGGCCAGUGCGGGAACCAGAUUGGAGCAAAGUUCUGGGAGGUGAUCAGCGACGAGCACGGCAUCGACCCGACAGGAACCUACCACGGAGACAGCGACCUGCAGCUGGACCGGAUCAGUGUGUACUACAACGAAGCCACCGGUGGGAAGUAUGUACCCAGAGCCAUUCUGGUCGACCUGGAACCAGGCACCAUGGACUCCGUCCGCUCCGGACCCUUCGGCCAAAUCUUCCGACCAGACAACUUUGUGUUUGGCCAAAGUGGAGCAGGAAACAACUGGGCCAAAGGCCACUACACAGAGGGGGCAGAGCUGGUGGAUUCAGUCCUGGAUGUGGUGAGGAAGGAGGCCGAGAGCUGUGAGUGCCUGCAGGGUUUCCAGCUCACACACUCCCUGGGAGGAGGCACCGGCUCCGGCAUGGGAACCCUGCUCAUCAGCAAGAUCAGGGAGGAGUACCCCGACCGCAUCAUGAACACCUUCAGUGUGGUGCCAUCGCCUAAGGUAUCGGACACGGUCGUGGAGCCGUAUAACGCCACGCUGUCCGUCCACCAGCUGGUAGAAAACACAGACGAGACCUACUGCAUUGACAACGAAGCCCUUUACGACAUUUGCUUCCGCACUCUGAAGCUCACGACGCCCACCUACGGAGACCUCAACCACCUGGUCUCGGCCACCAUGAGCGGCGUGACCACCUGUCUGCGCUUCCCCGGCCAACUUAACGCCGACCUGAGGAAGCUGGCCGUCAACAUGGUGCCCUUCCCUCGUCUGCACUUCUUCAUGCCUGGCUUCGCCCCUCUGACCAGCCGGGGCAGCCAGCAGUAUCGCGCCCUGACCGUGCCCGAGCUCACCCAGCAGGUGUUCGACGCCAAAAACAUGAUGGCGGCCUGCGACCCACGCCACGGACGCUACCUGACGGUGGCCGCCGUGUUCCGAGGCCGCAUGUCCAUGAAGGAGGUGGACGAGCAGAUGCUGAACGUCCAGAACAAGAACAGCAGCUACUUCGUGGAGUGGAUCCCCAACAACGUGAAGACGGCCGUGUGCGACAUCCCGCCGCGCGGCCUCAAGAUGGCCGUCACCUUCAUCGGCAACAGCACGGCCAUCCAGGAGCUGUUCAAGCGCAUCUCUGAGCAGUUCACCGCCAUGUUCCGCCGCAAGGCCUUCCUCCACUGGUACACCGGCGAGGGCAUGGACGAGAUGGAGUUCACCGAGGCGGAGAGCAACAUGAACGACCUGGUGUCCGAGUACCAGCAGUACCAGGACGCCACGGCCGAGGAGGAGGGCGAGUUCGAGGAGGAGGUGGAGGAGGACGCCUAAAAGAAGCGUCGAAAUGUGAUGUAACAGAAAUCAGAAAUAACCAAAAAUCAAAAAAAAAAAUCGAAAAAAGAAUAAUGUGAUAUGAAAUGUAGCAGAACAGAUGAGGAGGGCUGAUCAGAGGAGAACGGAGGUCCGAGUUGGUUAACGGGAGGACAGAAAUUACAGCAAGAAUGAAAUGUGAAUGUAGGCGGGGAAAGAAAGUGAGAACCACAUGACCAAAUUGAUGUGCCAUGGUUUACAGUUUCAUGUGACGCCAUGAAGGCCGAUUAAGACGCCAAGACCUUGUGUUGUAACUCCAGUGUCAUCACGUACAUUUGUUUUUACACUUUCCUGGAAAGUAAAAAACAAAAACACAAAAAAGCUUAAAUACCCCACCUCAGAAGCAGUAUUUUAAUUUGUGCUUUUACAUUCCUAAUCUGGAUUUUUCUUUUCCGCGGUUAGAGCAUUUGAAGGAUAACUUCAAGGGGCAGUUUAGUAUGUUUUUUUCACAGUUGCUAAUCCCUUGAAAGGACCAGAACCAACAGAUCCUGUGAGCUGCUAUUGUGUGUGAAUCCACCGUCGUCCAAAAAAAAAGUAUUAAAAGCAAACACUGAGCUGCUGCACAGUUGCACCGUGUGACCCGUUUAAUCAGGAUCAAGUCAUUGUUGGUCUUUUCUCCGGAUUUGUUGACUGUAAGAAGGAAAAACUACAAAACCUUGCUGUGAAAGAUUUCCAAGACUUUCAAGUGUGAAAAAGCCCAGCAGCUGUGAAACCUGUAAUCUGAAAGUGAGCUUCACAAAUCUGAAAUGAUGCCGUUAUCAGUGUUAAUUGCUUUUAUCAGUGUUCAUUACCUUUUUUUUUUGUCAGCUUUCCCAGUGAUCAAUGUGAAUUAUGGUCGUAGAUGAGACAUUAUCAGUGUUUUUUCUUGUGAGGCAGGUUUGCUAAAGUACUUUAAUCACCACGUUUUCAACCUUUGGAAGGCUGCAGGUGAGAUAAGCGUGAUUCAGUUUGUAGAGUCGUGUGAUUCCAGACAUGAGUGUUUUUACUGGUCGGCAUCUUUCCAAUCUUGUAUUUUUUUAAAAUAUUCUAGAUUGUUAGCUUUUAAAAAUACUUGUUAAAGACAUAAAAUAGAAUGCAAUAUUUUCUUUUUUUUGUUAGCAGAGCCUGCAGCGUGAACGACAUCCCAGUAACUACAGAUUCUUCAGAGUACUCAAAAUAGAGGUAAAAGCUGUUUUAUUGAAUUCCUGAGAAGAUGCAUUAAAGCAGCAGCAGCAGCAUUAGCAGGAUCUUUCUCAGACGCCAGCCAACGUCGUGAGGAGGAUCACAGCCUGCAGAUGCUCUGAACUCAGGUCAGGUCGUGGAGAUCACAUUAGUCGUGAUCUAAUCUGUUUUCCAUUCCCAGUAUCUGAGGCUGAAACAAGCCCGAGCUCCUCCUGAAGCAUCGUAACACAGCUGCUGUGUUUAAAGACGGAAGCCGAAAGCAGCAAUAAUUCAGGCUAAAAUCUUGAUUUUUUUUUUUUCUUUGUAAAUUUCUGGGCAAGGUAGUUUUGAAAUCUACUCUAAGCAUAAAGAUUAAAGCAAUAAUAUUCACCUGCAUCUGUUUUUCAUUCAGGAAUCUUUUCCUUUAUGGCACCACACUGAGGGUUUCCAGCACUUUUUCUGCAUCAGAACUUUUCUUUUCAGUUCAGCAGCUCAGUUAUUAUGACUUAUUGGAACAUUCCUAAAAUGUCAUUCCCAGCUGCUUGGACUUCUGAAGGACACAUUUUGUAUUUAAUCCUGUGUCGUAGUCGUGAUACGUUUAACACUCUGGUAAAUGUUUGCACUCUGAGCCUCGACCGUAUGCAUUCAGAUCAGACAGAAGUUGUGUUCGUGUGCUUUAUUGUGUCUUUGUACCUUUUUUUAAAUUCCUUUGAAACAAUUCAUUUGGGAUCCUGUUGACUGUGAAACAUUUGAGAGAAAUAAAAAGGCAUUUGUAGGAAAUAA